CCCCAGAAUUCAGAAUUCAAUUCUCCUCCUCCACCAGCACUAAAGCUCACCAUAUCGUAUAAAAUACUAAUAUAUAUACUACCACCGCCUGUUGUCCCUGUCCUGACUGAUCCCAUCGCCAUCAACCCGAUCGAAAUGAACACCAAGAUAGGCUCUGCUCCCUUGGAAUGCUCCAGCCCCGCUACAUGUGACGCCGUUGCCAGUCUUCCCUCCAACGGCGCCGUUUCAACCAUCCAAUGCUCCUCCCUGCCUUUCAACUCCGCCGACGCCACGCUCGGUCGCCACUUGGCUCGCCGCCUCGUGCAAAUUGGCGUCACCGACGUCUUUUCAGUUCCAGGAGAUUUUAAUUUGACGCUGCUGGACCAUCUACUGGCUGAGCCUGGUCUUAACUUAGUCGGUUGUUGUAACGAGCUCAACGCCGGGUACGCCGCCGACGGCUACGCCAGGGCUCGUGGAGUUGGUGCCUGCGUCGUCACGUUUACUGUAGGUGGAUUGAGUAUUCUCAACGCGAUCGCCGGCGCCUACAGCGAAAAUCUGCCGGUGAUAUGUAUUGUUGGGGGCCCCAACUCCAACGAUUAUGGUACUAACAGGAUCCUACACCACACUAUCGGCCUGCCGGAUUUCAGCCAGGAGCUCCGUUGCUUCCAGACUGUUACCUGCUAUCAGGCGGUGGUGAAUAACCUGGAGGACGCACACGAGCUGAUGGAUACGGCGAUAUCGACGGCGCUAAAGGAGAGCAAGCCUGUGUAUAUAAGCGUGAGCUGUAACCUUCCGGGAAUUCCACAUCCGACCUUCAGCCGCGAGCCUGUUCCGUUUUCGCUCUCCCCCAAAUUGAGCAAUCAGAUGGGUCUAGAAGUUGCAGUUGAGACAGCAGUUGAUUUCUUGAACAAGGCUGUGAAGCCAGUAAUGGUGGGAGGGCCUAAACUGCGUGUUGCAACAGCGUGCAGCGCAUUUGUUGAACUGGCAGAUGCUUGUGGCUAUGCCCUUGCAGUAAUGCCAUCUGCAAAGGGGCUAGUGCCAGAACACCACCCCCAUUUCAUCGGGACCUACUGGGGGGCUGUUAGCACCGCCUUCUGUGCUGAAAUUGUGGAGUCUGCUGAUGCUUAUCUCUUUGCUGGACCCAUAUUCAACGACUACAGCUCUGUAGGCUACUCUCUGCUGCUCAAGAAGGAGAAGGCAAUCAUCGUGCAGCCUGACCGUGUGGUCAUCGGUAAUGGGCCGGCAUUUGGAUGCAUUCUGAUGAAAGAUUUCUUGUCCGCCCUUGCUAAAAGGCUCAAGCGCAACACAACUGCAUAUGAGAACUACCAUAGGAUUUAUGUUUCAGACGGGCAGCCAUUGAAAGGUGAUCCUAAGGAAUUACUGAGGGUAAAUGUUCUUUUCCAGCACAUCCAAAAGAUGUUAUCUGGAGACACGGCCAUUAUUGCUGAGACCGGAGACUCUUGGUUUAAUUGCCAGAAACUGAAAUUACCAGCUGGAUGUGGGUAUGAAUUCCAGAUGCAAUAUGGAUCAAUUGGCUGGUCAGUUGGUGCAACUCUGGGUUAUGCGCAGGGUGUUCCGGAGAAGCGAGUGAUUGCUUGCAUUGGAGACGGUAGCUUUCAGGUAACAGCUCAGGAUGUGUCAACGAUGAUCCGGUAUGCCCAGAAGAGCAUCAUAUUCCUGAUAAACAACGGCGGAUACACCAUUGAGGUGGAGAUCCACGAUGGGCCGUAUAAUGUGAUAAAGAACUGGAACUACACAGCCUUUGUCGAUGCAAUCAAUAACGGUGAAGGCAACUGCUGGACUACUAAGGUCCGAUGUGAAGAAGAACUGAUCAAUGCAAUAGCGACAGCAACCGGAGAGAAGAAGGAUUGCUUGUGUUUCAUAGAAGUGAUUGUGCACAAAGAUGACACGAGCAAAGAGCUUCUUGAAUGGGGCUCCAGGGUAUCUGCUGCUAAUAGCCGCCCCCCAAACCCUCAGUAGGUAUGGCAUGUACAUACUCUACUGAAACGAUAAUAUAUAAUUAGUUCCAAUUUUGUUAUUGUCUCCUACAUCAGAACAGAUCAAUCUUCAGGCAACAUACCAUCUGUGUAUACCAGACUAGAAAUAAUUCUGUAUGGGAUAUGUUGCCGUGUUAGAUAUUUCAUAUCCUGGCUUUAGAAGGCAUAAUAAUGGUGGGGCAGUCCCAAGUUCCAUAAAAGCUGCUUUUUAAUUUUCUUCUGAUGUAUAAUCCAUCCACCAGAAAGACAAGAUGAAGGGCAGACAGACGGACCGAGUGUUAGGUUAGGUUUGUGGUGGCUAAUGGAGCUUUCGCUGGUGCAAAUUAGACUAGUGAAUAAUUAUCACUCCAUGUAAUUUAUAAUUUAUUACCAAUCAUGAAAAAGUAAUUGCUUCCAGCUGCA